GAGAGAGAGAGGAGGGCGUUUGAGCUGCGCCGCGGCUUCAGAGGAGGAGAGAUGUUUAUUCAGCUGCUGAAAGAAGGAGAGGAUGAACACGCACAGAGGAACCUCUCGGUGAAUCAAUGAACGGAACCAGUCCUGGGCUCAUUCUACUACACUGAACCGGUUUGGGACCUCACUCGAUUCUGAGCUGACCCUAAGCGAGUGAUUAAACGUCGGGCCGGAUGCUUCAGUAACAAUGGCUCCUGCGGCCAUGCCUGUCCAUACAUCUGCCUUCGUCUCCCUCCGCCCCUCCUCCUCCUCACUGCUCUUCCUCCUCAUCUUCCUCACUGUGCUGAUCUCAUGCGCGGCUCCGGCCCUUGCAGAGUCUUCAGGGAACUGUACGGCCAGCGGAGACCCCUGUCAGGAAGGAGUGGUACUUCCUGUUUGGAACCCCCAGAACCCGUCAGUGGGAGACAAAGUGGCACGGGCAAUUGUUUACUUUGUGGCACUUAUUUACAUGUUCCUGGGCAUGAGCAUCAUAGCGGACCGGUUCAUGUCGUCCAUAGAGGUCAUAACGUCCCAAGAGAAGGAGAUCACAAUAAAAAAGCCAAACGGUGAAACCACUACGGCUACGGUGAGGAUCUGGAACGAAACCGUUUCCAAUCUCACGCUCAUGGCUUUGGGCUCAAGCGCUCCUGAGAUUCUGCUGUCAGUUAUUGAGGUGUGCGGUCAUGGCUUUGAGGCCGGGUCUCUGGGUCCCAGCACCAUCGUGGGCAGCGCCGCCUUCAACAUGUUUGUGAUCAUCGCCCUCUGCGUGUACGUGGUUCCCGACGGCGAGACGAGGAAGAUCAAACACCUCCGGGUGUUCUUCGUCACGGCAGCAUGGAGCUUGUUCGCCUACAUCUGGCUCUACAUGAUUCUGAGCGUGAUUUCUCCCGGAGAGGUGGAGGUAUGGGAGGCUGUGCUCACCUUCCUCUGCUUUCCCCUCUGCGUUGUCCAAGCCUGGGUGGCCGACCGGCGACUUCUCUUCUACAAGUACGUCCGCAAGCGUUACCGUGCCGACAAGCACCGCGGCAUCAUCAUUGAGACGGAGGGAGAUGGAGGGAUUGGCGGCAUGGACGGAGGAGGCGGAGGAGGAGCGUUGGGUCUGGGUGGAUUCACAAAGAUGGACAUGCUGGAACUAGACGGACAGAUCGCGCUGAACUGCCACAGCGGGAUGGACGGAGGGAUGAUGGAGGGGGGAAAGGAUGAGGAUGAUGAGGCCAGGAGGGACAUGGCGAGGACACUGAAGGAGCUGAAGCAGAGACACCCAGACAAGGACAUGGAGCAGCUGAUCGAGAUGGCUAAUUAUCAGGUUCUGAUGCAGCAGCAGAAGAGCCGAGCGUUUUACCGCAUCCAGGCCACCAGGAUGAUGAUCGGAGCUGGAAACAUCCUGAAGAAGCACGCCGCCGACCAGGCUCGCAAGGUGGUGAGCACCAACGAGACGCAGACCCAGGAGGACGACCCUCACACCAUCAGGAUGGAGUUUGAGCCGUCUCUGUACCAGUGCUUCGAAAACUGCGGCUCCCUGAAUCUGACCGUAGCCAGACACGGAGGAGACCCCGGAGUCACUGUCAAAGUGGAUUAUCGCACAGAGGACGGCACGGCCAACGCGGGCUCAGAUUACGAGUUUGCUGAAGGAACGCUGCUGUUUAAGCCUGGAGAGACCCUCAAAGAGAUUACCGUCGGCGUCAUCGACGAUGACAUCUUUGAGGAGGACGAGUAUUUCUACGUUCACCUCAGUAACCCCCGCGUGGUCGGCUGCCCCGAGAUCGGCGCCGCCCCGCUGGACGCCAGCGCCGCCCCGAAGGCCGUGCUGGGAGAAAACCACACGGCCACAGUGACCAUCUACGACGACGACCACGCAGGUAUCUUCACGUUCGAAGGCGCCAGUCAGAGGGUGAGUGAGAGCGUGGGCGUGAUGGAGGUGAAGGUCCUACGGACGUCGGGGGCCCGCGGUCUGGUCGCCGUCCCCUAUCGGACCCUGGACGGGACAGCUAAAGGAGGGGAGGACUACGAAAUGGCUGCUGGAAAGCUGGAGUUUCAGAACGAUGAAACCAUGAAGGUCAUUGAGGUGAAAAUUAUUGACGAUGAAGAGUAUGAGAAGAACAAAACCUUCACCAUUGAGCUUGGAGAGCCGGUUCUGCUGGAGAUAGGACAGAAACAUGGUGACUCCAACGAGAACAAACCGCUGGUGGGAGCGGAGGAGGAAGAGGUGGCCAAGAUGGGCUGCCCCAGUCUGGGUGAACACACCCAACUGGAGGUGAUCAUCGAGGAGUCCUACGAGUUUAAGAAAGCAGUAAAUACUCUUCUUACUGAUAAGAACACAGUAGAUAAGUUGAUCAAGAAGACGAACCUGGCCCUGGUGGUGGGAAGCAGCAGCUGGAGGGAGCAGUUUGUCAGCGCCGUUACUGUAAGCGCAGGAGAUGAUGACGAGGAGGAGAGUGGCGAAGAGCGGCUACCCUCCUGCUUCGACUACAUCAUGCACUUCCUCACCGUGUUCUGGAAGGUUCUGUUUGCCUUUGUCCCACCCACGGAGUACUGGAACGGCUGGGCCUGCUUCUUCGUCUCCAUUUCACUGAUCGGCGUCCUCACUGCCGUCACCGGGGAUCUGGCAUCGCACUUCGGCUGCACGGUAGGACUGAAGGACUCCGUGACGGCCGUGGUGUUCGUGGCUUUGGGGACAUCGGUACCAGAUACUUUUGCCAGUAAGGUUGCAGCCAUCCAGGACCAGUACGCCGACGCCUCCAUCGGCAACGUGACUGGCUCCAACGCCGUCAACGUCUUCCUGGGUAUCGGUGUGGCGUGGACCAUUGCCGCCAUCGCCUGGCGCUCUAAGGGCAAGCCUUUCAGGGUGGACCCAGGAAACCUGGCCUUCUCCGUCACCCUCUUCACCAUCCUGGCCGUGGUGUGCGUGUUGACGCUUCUCUACCGCCGGCGACCCACGGUGGCCGGAGGCGAGCUGGGCGGGCCGCGGACUUGCAAGUUGAUAACGUCGCUGCUGUUCGUCUCUCUGUGGCUAAUUUACAUCCUGCUGGCUUCGAUGGAGGCCUACUGCCAUAUACAAGUGUUUUAGAAAGAGACCUGACUGGUGCGGAGGAGGUGGGAAACCUUAAGACUUUAUCUGAAAAUGGAUUUCAUGUCACUCAAUUAUGUUUUUUCCCUAAAUAGAAUGAGUGUUCACCCUCGUGAGAACCAACAGCUCCCCCAACAAUGUUGAGACUAAUUAUUUUCAUCUUUGAAAGAAGCUCUUUGAACCAUAAAGGCCCUCCAGUGUAUCAAGGAAAACCUUGAAACGGUGUUAUCAUCAGAGGACUGUUGUUGUUUCACUAUAAAGCCAAACCAGCUGCAGAGAAGAUAAUCAGCUGAGCUUUGAAGAAAGAAGCAGAGCUGAGAGGAAGGACGAAGGUCAGCGAUAAAGCUACAAAAGUCAACAACAAAACCAGAGAGAAGAGCGCGUCGUGCAGCAGCCGAAUGAAAAAUGAUGGAGAAAAAGGUCAGAGAUAAACUGAGCUGCAGGAAACCCCGACAGCCUUUCCUCUGUCAUUACACCUCCAUGGAAAAUGAAUACCCACUGAAAUUAUUUUUACAUUUUCUCACAUUACAAGCUCAAACUUUAACACUUUUUAUUUUGAUUAUAUGUGAUACACCCACUCAAAAUUAAGUUUUAUAUAGAAGUUAAAUCACACUAGUACUCCAGUCACUGAUUGAGUAAGUUCUGACGUAUUUAUUUAUUUACAGGGUAUUCGAGUAAAUGGGGUAAUGUGCAUUGCAUGCUUUUCAGAUUUAAGUGUGCAACAGAUUUGAAAUCCAUGUAUUCUUCUAGUUCAUCUUUUCUAUUAUUUUGUAAGAUCCCACUGAAGUUUACAGUUGUAGUGCGACAAAAUGUAAAAAAGUUCAGGAGGUAUGAAUACGUUUGAAAGGCUCUGUGCUACAGAGGAACAGUGGAUCAUCACCCUUGACUUCUAACUUUUAUCGCCUUUUUCCUCUCAAUACACUCAAAAUGAUGGGGCCCUCAGGAGAACCUGCACAAAAACCUGCCGGCGAGACGAUAAAUUAACACUCUUCUUCCUCUUAUUUAAGGAUACACUGUGCAAAAAUAGUCUCAUUAUACAAACCCUCCUGUCCUGAUCGUCCCCCUGCCUGCCUUAUGUUCCCCAUCCUCGCCUUACGUGUCCAAAAAGAAAACUCGACGUUGUGACAAGUCGCCACCAUCAAACCCGCUUUUUAAACUCUUCCCAUGUCCCCUUUUCCUCAUCCCAAAACACAUUUUCUACUCUUUUCAAUGGCGUCACGUGUUGAUGUUGUUAUCGUGGAAUUGUAAAAACAACAACAACAAAUAUACAAAAACAGAACGACAGAAGAAAGAUGUCAAGAAACGCAGAGUGGAAUAAAAGCCGAGCUGAUGAGGAUGUAAAAAAGUACUGAGCGCUACACAUUGUUACAUAAAAUGUUUACACUUUGAAAAACAACAAAUCGAACUAUAGCCAAUAGGGGACUUCCGUACACCAGAAGGACCAAUCAGAAUGAAGGAUCGUACAGACUGUGAUCGUGACGACAACUGUGAGGGAAACGGUGUAGAAAAAUCCAAACUACGACCAUAACCAGUGUUUCUAUUUGUACAUGAUAUUAUCAGAAACCUGUAUUGAUGUGUGUGGGACAUGACUGGUAUUUCAUUUAUGUGAAGCCUCCAUCUUUGUGGGAACAAGUUUGAGAGAGUUAAAGGGAAAAAUACAAGGCAGCUGAAGAAUCACGUGUCUGUUCUGCAUAUCGGAGCGUUUCUUUGUACCAAACUAUAACAAAUUGUCACAAAUCACUAACACACCCUUUUUAAACUGUGCAGAUUUACUUUUUAAACUCUCCAAUGUGCCGGCAGCUGUGGUGAGUACAACACUACAAUUAAAUGUGCUAAGUGAUCUGCUGUGUUUUUAUGGGUGAAUCUGUUUGUUUUGCUUUUGUGAAAUUGUUUUAAGCCAUAUUUCAUGUCAAAUUAACUGUUCUGACAUCCACGUCUGUCUGGAAAAGAAGUGUUGAAGCGCAGAUUUUAGAUCGUCUCUUGCCCAGAAGCGUGUCUGGAACCAGACAGAUGGGACGGCAUACGGUCGGUUGACGCGGAUUAUUAAUAAAUUCAUUCCCUUUGUUAAACCACGUUACGGAAAGAAAAAAAACGCAGAAACCAAGCCACUUUCCUCCCAACUGAGGACCAUGCUGCCUGCAGACUUCAAGGAAAUAAACUUUGAACCCAACUAAGACAGGUUUGCAACGCUGAUGAGAACCAGCAAAACUUUGAAAAGACCAGCAAGAACAAUGUUCAGCAAGCAUAACUGCAUGUAUAACAACCCAUUUCCUUUAAUUUAACCAUUUUUUUGGCAGUAAUGAAGGCAGAAACACAUCAAAUUAUUCCUAAGUUAAAGGUCGGAAUAGAGUAAGAGGACCUGCGUCACUUCAAGCAAAGGCUACGCAUAUAGUGGUUGUAAGAGAAGUUAGGGAUCAGCAGUGAAAAAUUCUCUGUCUCAUUUGGCUCAGACACGGAGAAAAAUGUUACUGUUACAGUUAAUUGUCUGUAAAACAAAUCAUUUUCUUACCAGAUAAGAUAUAUACCUCCGACAACCAGUGAAAUACUCCAUAAAAUCCAACAUUUGUUUUGUUGGACAGUCUUUAUCAUCUUCUUUCAGAAACUAUAUUUUGAGCUGAUCAGGAAAACAAAAAAAUAUUGUUUUUGUCUCAGAAACAGCAGGUACAAUUUUAGUUGUCAGGAAUGUUAUUGCUUUCUAGAAACAUCGAUGGUAUCCUUCACUUCCAGUAAAUCCCAGUUCAAUCCCAGGUGGACUGGGGAGAAUAUUUUUAGCAGAGUGAAAGAACAAAAGAAAAAAGACAAGAUGUCCAAGCGUGAUCAGUGUAAAGAUUUUGCCCCCAGCAGUUACAUUCAGGGUUUGUAGCAGACAUCAGGGUGUCCAACGUGUGCCGUAGGGACCUUUUGCUGUCCCAGGAUUAAAUUUGUAAACAGAAGAUAAAGAAGUCAAAUUUUCCCCUUCUUAAUUCCUAAUUAAGUAAAAGUUAUUAUUGACAUAUUAAAACUAUCCUACAAUGGAAAACAUUUGGUGAAAGUAUUCACUUUUAAUAACAACCACUCUCUUUAAUUUGAUAAUUGACAAGAACACAUCUGUCCAGUAACGUUUAUAUAUGUUUGAGAUUUUAGGUUUUAGAAAUGGGUAUUUUUGGCCAUCAGAGUACUUCUGACACCACUGGCCUCCACAGUCUAAUUCCUGUUUAUUUCUUUAUCAUGUCUUUAGUCCGCCAUUUUUAAGUAAAGAGGCUGCUAGGGACCCCCACACCACCAGGGGGCCCCCAAGAGCACAACGCUAGCAUGAUAAUGUAUGUACAUUGAAAAUAACAUUGAAUUAUACAAACUAAAUACUAUUACACAUGGAAAACGAUUUCUAUAUUAUUUUUACCAUUGUUACAGAAAUGAUAGAUUAAUCUCUUCCUGCUGUUGCCAUGAUUGGGAAAAUAUAAGAUAUGAAACUUGUUUAGUGUGUUAUUUUCAAAGAGUUAAAAUGAUAUGGCACACUUAAAUACCACUCUGGAUUUCAAAAUCUCACUAUUUCGUUUUAGUUCGUUACUCCUGUAAGGUUAAAAUCAAUAGCCAUAAUAACACCGGCACGGCGUAAACUAGUUACAAAUGAUGCUAAUGCUAGUAGGUAUGUUACACAGAGUAGCUGAGGAAGAAUAUAAUCAUGUGGUGUUGACCAGCUUCAAAUAAAAACCUGUUUAGGGCCCCAGAAAGGCUUUGGCCGGCCCGGUCCUCAGUCUUGUUUGUAGCACUGCUUGUUAGCUUGUUUGUGUUUUUAAAACAUGACUUGCUGAUUGGCUGCUAGGCCAUCAGUCUGGCCAGACGCUUUUUCUCAAUGACUUAAGCUUCUGUAACCGGUUAAAGAAAGAGCAGGCAGCAGGAUAAUAAUGCUGCUGACGCCACGGGGUAAACAAGCAGGCUGAAUUAGAGAGCCUGGCUGUUUAAAGGUUGGUAAUCGUCGCUGGAGGACAGCUGCAUGUUGGAAAGUGAAGAAAUGUAACAAUAUUUCUGUCCUCCUGCCUGUUGCUUAGCUACCAGCUAAACCGAGUCUACGGGACUCUAGCUCCGUGUCGUCGUUCUCUUUCAUUAUCCGUGUUUUCUGUUCCUCUAUCGAACAUUACCGUGUCAUUUCUCAUUCAGUUAUUCUCUCCGUGAAGCAUACGUGUGUGUUAGGGGUUUUUUUGUCUGUGAGAGCUGGUGUUGUAAUCUCCUUACCAGGACUUGCCCUGUGUCUUUGGCAAACAUCCCAAACACGAGAUUAAUGAAUGCGAAUACCAGCCUGACCCACAGGGGGG